AGUUCUCUCACACUCCGAACGACAUCUUCCGGUAGACGCAUGACGGUCGCGGUGGCGACUAUAGGCGACGGGUGCAAUGCUCCCUUCUCACCCAGGAGAUAUUCACGGACCCGCGAAUGGGCUCCCUCGGUCCCGAUCAACAGUCUUCCUGUCGCGCGGGUGCCAUCCUCAAAGAUCGCCGUCGCCGUCUUCGAAUCGGACUCUACCCCAACGAGACGCUUGCCAUACUGGAAUCCAACAGUCAAACAUGUGCUGCAAUCGGCGUGCAGGGUGACAGCGUGGUGUAUCCAACCUGGAUUUCAACGCCUGUUGCGAUUAACUUGA